AUGUCGACGACUUUACAGCUAAUUAUGCUGGCCUUAGUGGGCGGAUCCUGGGGUCAAGCCAAUAAUACGGAUUGCAAGCGGGUGCUCGCUGCCGUUCUGGGCAAUCUGGAAGGCGGUAUCGAGCUUCAUCUGCGGAAUGCUUGGGACGGAGACAGGGGGAUAGUCCAGUUUCUGCUAGAGCAGCAAAGGAGUUCCCUGACGAUCAGCCUAAGCCAGGAGCAGAAUGCCCCACCGGAGGCCGACACUAUUAGGCAUCAUUUCUACAUUUUUGCGGAAGUGGAGCAAGUGAGAAUAAUCCUCGAUGGACUGCGCAACACAGGUGGCUUCUACAUUAUCGCCUUGGAACGUUUUUCGCCGAAGGACGACGCUUUGUUGCUGGACCUAAUGGCCCAGAUUUGGCUGAAACAUGGUCACAGUCGGAUUUACUACGUUAUGUUGGAUGUGGACAACGUGGUACUCUACAAUCCCUUUCGGCAAACUGCCCUGAAGGUAAACGGAUCUCGUACCUAUGAUCGCAUUUACCAAGACCUCCAAGGCUACCCCUUGAGAAUUUAUAUCUUCGACUCGGUGUACUCCAGCGUGGUGGGCGAUGGCGCCACCCAGAAGGUUCUAAGUGUAGGAGGAGCAGAUUCCAAGCUGGCCAAAACCGUGGCCAAGCACUUGAACUUUACCCCUGAUUAUCUUUGGCCGGACGAUGAGUUUUUUGGUGGCCGCUUGGCGGAUGGAUCCUACAGUGGCGGAGUUGGCCGCGCCCAUCGCGGUGAGGUGGACAUAAUCUUCGCGGGAUUCUUCAUCAAAGACUACCUCACCAACCAGAUUCAGUUUAGUUCCGCCGUCUACAUGGAUGAUCUCUGCCUGUAUGUCCAGAAGGCCCAGAGAAUACCCCAGUCCAUACUGCCUCUCUUUGCUGUUCACACGGACGUCUGGUUGUGCUUCCUGCUGGUGGGAACACUGGGAUCUCUGGUGUGGCUUCUCUUACGGAUGAUCAAUCUGAGGCUUUGCAUCGAAGAGAUCGAAGACCGCUCCCGAGCUCGGAAGACCGGAUUAGUAACCACUGCCCAGGGUAUAUUCAUCGAUACAUGGGUGGUGUGGGUGCGGGUCAAUGUGGGUCGUUUUCCGCCUUUUCACUCGGAGCGCAUCUUUGUGGCCUCCUUGUGCUUGGUCAGUGUGAUAUUCGGGGCGCUUCUAGAGUCCAGUUUGGCCACAGUUUACAUCCGCCCCUUGUACUACCGCGAUCCCAACACUCUUAAGGAGCUCGACGACUCCGGAAUACCUAUUUACAUCAAGCAUCCCGCCUUCAAGGACGACCUAUUCUACGGCAGUGACUCGGAGGUUUACCGCCGCCUCGACGCCAAGAUGCUACUGGUGGCCGAAGGCGAAGAGCGCCUUAUCCAAAUGGUCUCCAAGAGAGGUCACUUCGCUGGUGUCACCCGAUCCGCCAGCUUGGAACUGAAUGACAUCCGCUACGUAAUGACAAAGAAGGUGCACAAGAUUCCAGAGUGCCCGAAGAACUACCACAUAGCCUAUGUCCUGCCACGUCCCUCGCCGUACCUUGAGAAUGUCAAUCGCAUUAUUCUGCGCCUGGUGGCCGCAGGCAUCAUGAACCUCUGGACUGGCGAGACGAGGGAGCGCGCCAAGUGGAGUAUUCAGCGGUUUCCGGAGUACCUAGCCGAGCUGGGAGUGGGCCGUUGGAAGGUGCUCACCCUCUCCGAUGUCCAGCUUGCAUUCUACGCCUUAGCGAUUGGUUGUCUAGUGUCCGGAGCUGUGUGUCUGGCUGAGAUCAAACUGACCAGUUGUCUCAAAAAAACAAAGAAGGUCCACCUCAAGAUUUGUAAACAGUAG